AUGGAGGCUGAAUGUGAGAAACUAAAAGAAGUUGUCUGUGAUACAAUCGGACUCCUGUGUCAGAAAGGACUGACAUUUUAUAAAAUUUUAAAAAUCGAAGGCGUUAUCUGCGUUACGGCGGACGACAAUAAGUUCGUCAUUCACAUUGACCAGAUUUUUGACCCUACCUCCAACAAUCCUAACAACAUUGUGAAUGGCCUGUACAAUGAAACUGAAACGUCUGCUCCUUCAAACUUCAUAAAAAGAGAACCGAUUAAUAACAGUUUUCAACAGCCGAUUAAAAGAUCCUUCAAAACAGAGCAAUCAGAUUUUUACAGUCAACAACAGUCAUAUCAAUUAUAUAAUAGUAAAACUACUAAUUCUAUUGAUAACUAUCAACAUUUUGAUUUGCCUCCAGUGAAACAAAUGCUGACACAAAAUUUUGCCAGCUCUAAUUAUGAAACAUCUGGCAAUUUCAUUAGUCCAACUGGUAGAGUUAAAUCUUUGAAAAAGGGCACCUCCAUGGUAAAAACUUCUCAAGUCAAAAAAGCUACAAACAUUACUUCAUCCCAAAGUACAAAUUUUAAUAAUUAUGGUUUUCAGCAAAGUUAUGAUUGCAACAUUCCUAAAACAUCAUCUGUAUCAAGUCAAGCAAGAAAUAUAAAUACAAAGGCAAAUAUUAUAAAGAAGGAAACAUUCCACAGCAAUAUCACAGUUAGGUAUUUUUUGAUUCAAUACUCUUACACAUUAAUUAUUUAUUUUAUUAAAAAAUGUAAAUUUGAUUUUUUUUUCAAGAUCAAUAAAAGAAAUCAACAACUUGCUUUAAUGCCUGCACUGCCGUCCACUAAUGUGCACACGAAGGCCAACACUAGUAUUAACUCAAACAACGAGAAAGAAUUGAUAAUAGUUGAAUCAGUGCAUAUCUGUGGUUAUCCUGAUUGCAGCAAGAGGUUUAAAUACCGAGGUGAUCUCUUAAAACAUCAAACUAAAAACCACAAUAGAAUUCCAUCUCGCAAGAAGAAAGCGGACGGUGGUUUUGACAUGGAUUAUGAAUCAGGCGUCAGCAGAGAGGAAAAUGAAGAGUUUGUUAUUACCGAAGCUACACACAUCUGUGGUUACAGCAACUGCAACAAAAGAUUCAAAUAUCGCGGGGAUCUGCUGAAACAUCAGACAAAAAAUCACGGUCGAGUGCCUAAAAGAAAAAAAAUUAACUCCGUUGAACACGGUGAGAAUGAAAAUAGUGCUCUAGAUUAUGACGAAAGUGGGAAUGAUUACAGCAAUUAUGAUGAUGUUAAUUACGAAGACGAAGAGCAGCAGUACGCAGAUGAGAUUGACCAGACUUACUACCAAUGA